AUGCAUGAAGCAACUAUGAAAGACCAGCAUUUUGAGUUGAUCGAACAAGACACGAUGUUGGUUCUACGUGAAGCUCGUCUUCAAACGACUCUCCGUUCUAACAGGAAUGCCAUACAUGCUACCCAAAACGAACUCCGACCUUUACUGGCUUUUAACGACCAACAGGCCCGAUAUUUAAACUCGAAAAUCGAACAAUUGGAGGCUCUUUUGGAGGGAUUGAUGACCCAGCGCGUCCAGUUGGGCAGUGAUUACGACCACAUUCGUUCUCAGCGCAGAUAUCGCAGAAUUCAUUCGUGA